AUGGCGCCCACCGAAUCCAGCAUUCUCACCAAUUAUCUCACCAUCGCAGCCAAGCUGCCCACCAUCCUAUCCUUCGACCAGUUCGCCGCCCUCUUCCCCCGCUCUCAGCAGUCCAAUCCCCAGAUCCGCUCUCUGUACCGCGACCUCCAGCACCAGCGCAACGCCGUCGUCGAUGCCGUCACCGAGAACAUUGCCGUCGAGGAGAAGCGCGGCCGAGCGAUGCAGCGCGAGGCCGCCCGCAUCAAGCGUGAGGCGGCGCAAGAGCAACCCGAUGUCGAGAUGGAGAUUGAGCGCGCACUUUUCGGCCCCAUUAACGGCAGAGACCCCAAACAUACCCUCGAAACAGUCAUCCCCGAGCUAGACAGCGCCGUCGCGGACCUCGAGGCUGAGAUCCAGAAGCUCGAGGCGGAGGAGGCGGCCCUCGUAGAAUCCAUCCAGCAGACGGUCGGCAGUCUCAGCGACCUCCGGUACGGCCGGCUGUCGAACCCGCAGCUGCCGGAGGAGGUCAUUCACGGGUUAAAGGGCCUGCAAGAGCAAUGCGACGCGAAGAAAUGA